AGCUAUAUUUGAGACGAUCAAUGAAGAACUUGGAGUUCUAUUAUAGUAAUGUAUGACUAAUCUAUCGAUUCAAUAAUCAUGCGCACAUUUCCGUUACAUGGAUUUGCGGAUAUCCGCUUGUAUGCCAACCGGGAAAAAGUAUAUAUAUAACCGGUUAUUCUUAUCGAUUUGACGUUCUGUUAAAACGGCGCAUUAAAUAGUGUAUUAUUAUUUUUUUACUUGCUAAUUUGGCUAGUGCAGCAGAGAUCUAAAUGAAAGGUUUUGACUAGAUUAAAGCUGUCACAACAUAACACGGAAGCGAUGGGACGUGCUAAAAGUAGCACAGCUUAGGUGUAUUUCACCAGAAAAGGCAUUGAUAUGUCGGCUAUGCAAAGCAGUACUCCGUUACAACGGCAGCAUGUUAAACCACAUCAAAUACAGCCAUCGUAACAGAAGUUAAGUGGUAAAUCAAAAACGACCGUCGCGGUAGAGGUAUUAUUAUCAUCCACCAUGUUAGUUUGUCCAUCGAAUAUUAGUACAUUUUAUUGGCGUACCCGUAAAACUUAAAUGAAACGCUGUCUCAAAUAACCGCCUAACUGUCCCUUUUAUUAGUCGACAUGCCCUAGUUUAACCAUUUUAAAAUGGGCUACUCUAAUCAUUCCAAUCCCGAUUUAAAAGGCAAAUGCAGUUUAGCGGUAUUGUUCGGCAGACUUUAGGACCAUGUGGACGCCUGGAAGCAUGAGGCAAGGCUGCUUGUACAGCUAGAUGGUCGUUGAAGUACAGCAAAAGAGAAGCUGCAAUAAAGGAAGAGAAGACACUGUCGAAGAGCACACAUGAGGAAGAUGAGCCGUGCCCUAAAAGAGGGAUGUCAAAGCAAGAACCCAAUACUUCAGAGGUAGCCUUGACAGAAGGUGGGGCUCCAGAGCAGUUUGAGUUUCAGUAUGGACUUGAGGGACCAACAUUUAAGAAUGAGAAUGGGGAGUCCUCCAAGAGCCAUCUGUCCAUCAUCAAAGUAGAACAGCUGGACUCCCUCCUCCCAGACCAAACAGACUCCAGCUGUGGUUCAGGGUCACCUGGGGAUUCGGGGCCUCCUGACUCGUCUGGUUCUGGGUCCAAUACUAGUCCGGCUUCACAGUUUUUCAGGAAGUGCCACCAGGCAGGCUGCACACAAUUCAUCUUCUCGGAGUUCACCUCCCGCCUCAGCACCAUCACUGAGAGGAUCGCAUCCCAGCAGGCCAGCGAGGAAGAUUUCAACCUCACCCUGAAAGUGCUGGAGGCCUCUGGGAUGCUGCCAGAGAUCUUUACCAAAAGAGACCAAGAAAUGGAGAAGAGACUGAGGGAGCUACAGAGAGAGACUGUUGCGGUGAGGACAGCCAGGUCUGCCAUGAGAGAUGCUUGCGUCAUGAGCUUCACCUCAUGACGGAGCACCGCUGAAGAUCAAAUCGGUUUUAUAAGGCGUUAUAACCAGCAGAGCCUGGUUAUAUUCUGACCACUUGACAGAACUAGGAAGGUAUAGGAGUUUUCCCUGGACCAAUCCCCUCGUCAGGAAAAACUUAGAUCCUCCUUUUAACCGAAAUGUAAAUAUUUCAAACCUUUUGUAUUUUACAUAUUUUUCUACCCGUGUUCAAACUUUGACUCUGUGAAAUCUGAACUCUGACAUUUGAAUGCAGUUUUUCACCCUGGCCACUAACUUGAGUGGCAUGUUAUACAUUAAAUGAGUAAUUGGUAAUAUAAUCUUUUGACAGACAUUGGUUCUGAGGUUAUUGGUGGUGAUUUGAUGUUAGUAGGUGAUCCUUAGUCUCCCGCUCUGUACUGUAUAUUAUAUGCUCACUAACCCUUAACAGACUUAAUAUAUCCUAAUAUACUGAAUGUGCAAAUUAGUAGAUCCAUUUUUUUUAUUGACGGUUACUAUCUCCACUAGUACUAUAAGAUUAAUUAUUUAGAAUACACUGUAAUAUAGUACACUUGAGAGGAAAGUUGAGACCUGUGACGUUCUGAGAAUGAAUUAAACUUGUUAUGUAAA